UUUUGUUUUGUUUAAAAUGUAAUAAUACAUGCAAAGUAUCUGAUAAAAAAAUUGUAAUAUGCCAAAAGUGUAAAGUAAAAAUGGCUAUGGUAUGUUUAAUAUGUAGUAGACAUUAUAAGACGGUCACUGAAUUUUAUUCACAUUUGCAUAAAGAACAUCCUAAGCAUUUUUCAAAAAAUCAAGAUCAUCUUAAGCAAUCUGUAAAAGAUCGGGACUAUUUGAAACAGUUGAUAAAAGAUCAAGAACAAUCCAAUAAUUUUGUAAAAAAUCAAGAACAUUUGAAAUAUUUUGAACAGGCUCAAGAGAAUCCUAAGCAUUUUACAAAAUAUGAGGAAGAUUUUAAGUGUUCUAUAAAAGAUCAGGAUUAUGCAAAAUACUUUAUAAAUGAUGCCAAAAAUAUAAAGAAUAAAGAUGUUAUAAAUAAGAAAAUGUGCGUUAAAUGUGGUAUACAGUUUCAAAGUAAUCAAAGUUGGUUUAAUCAUAAUAAAUAUUGUGGUAAAGAGCCUCAUUUAUCUUGCGAGUAUUGUCCACAUAAGACUAAAUACAAAUGGAAUUUGAAGCAACAUAAUGAACUGAAGCAUUCCACGAUUAUUUCUUCAAAACUAAAACUCCAAUCUGGUUCUCUGGAAUCUGUUAGUGAAAAAGAAUCAAAAGGUGAUGAUAGCCCAUUUAUUACAACGCCAAAUAAAUUAAGCAUUCUUAACAUGACCAAAUAUUAUUGUCAUAAAUGUGAUCAAACAAUUAAUGACAUACAAAAAUUUGAUAAAAUCUGCAAGAAAUGUGGAAAAGAAUUAACAUUACAAUGUAUAAAAUGUAAUAGAUUUUAUAAAAAAUAUCAAAGCAUGAUCUAUCACUUGCAAAGUAAAUGCGACCCUCAAACGUAUUUUCAUUGUUCAAAGUGUGAUUAUACAACAUCAGUUUCAAAUUUAAUUAAGAAACAUGUACUACGUGUACACGGAAUUAAUUAUAAAACAAAUACAAAAAAAUGUGUAAAAUGUGGCAAACGAUGUAGAUCACUAUUUGAACAUACACGUUGUUGCGAAAAAGAAUCGAAUAAUGUAAUUAGAAACUUAUCAGAUAUUCGAACGGAUAGAAAGAGUUUUAUCAAGAAUUUAGGAAGCCGUGUUUCGCCACGUAAGAAUGAAAUAAUUAAUACUGUACAUAGUUCAAAUAAUACUAAAGAAUGUUUGAAGUGUGGAAAAACAUAUGAAAACAUUAACCAUCAUAUAGAAUUUUGUCAAAGAGAUAAAAUAUUUUCUUGUGAACUAUGCACUUUUAAAACUAAGUACAAAUACAACUUAAAGUAUCACAUGCAAACGCACAAAUCAAAGACUGAAGCUGCGAAGAUAAAAGCACAAGAUGGACUCGAGCAAGUACUAAAGCAAACAAAAAAAGUAAUAAAACAGAAUAACGCAAUUAAAUUAAAAAUGCAUAAUGUGAUGGAAUCAUAUUGUCCAAAAUGUAAUAACAAAAAUAUUGCAAACAAAUAUGUGACAAAAUGUCGGAAGUGUCGUACAAGGCUUACAUUUAGAUGUGUUCAAUGCAACGUGAAGUACCGUAAACUGGCAUCGCUUCAAUUGCAUACGAAAAAUCACAAUUCUGAAAACUCUAGAAACAUUGAAUGUACUAACUGUAACAAGACCUUUGCUAUUAAGAAAAAUUUUCAGAUGCACAGGAAUAUAUGUAUGAAGGAGCUGAGCUUAUUUUACACGCUAAAAGCUUCUGAAAAACUUGGAUAUUAA